AUGGCCGUGGCAAGCGCCGUGCGCAGCCGGGAGACCGCCGUGCAGCACUUCUUGCUGCGCUGCUUUGGUGGAGGUGGCGCCUUGGGCGAUAGGGACACGAAGUCGUCCAAGUGGAACGACGGGCAGCUGGAGAAGAACGCCAUGGCUGACUCGUCCUCGUCGGCGGCCUCCGAGAAGCACGGCAGCGCGUAG